AUGAGUCAAUACGAUUUCAACAACUACCAGCAGGCAACUCCCAACGACACUUGGUUCCAGUCACAGCUCAUCCAGAACCAGCCAGAAAACCAGCAGUACACCAUCAAAAAUGAAGUUGGUGGGUUACUAGAUGAGAAUACACUAUUCAAUAACAAUACUCAACAGUUUAAUGAAUUCAUAAACAACACUGCAAGUGCCACCGGUAACAUCAACAAUAACUCAUCUUCUUCACAAACAAACAGUUCAGACAAAUCCUCCCCCUCUACUAUUUUAAAUAAUGUUCCAUUUACAUCAAAUGAUAUAAAUUUUUUAAAUAAUGAAAUUCAAAAGAACGAUACUACUGCAGACCAUAACUUAAGUGAAAAAGAAUUGGCAAAUAGAAGAAAAGCUCAAAACAGAGCUGCCCAAAGAGCUUUUAGAGAACGUAAAGAAUUGAAACUAAAGGAACUAGAGGAUAAAUUAAACAAGAGUGAAUAUGAUAAAUCUUCAUUAUUAAAACAAUUGGAAGAGUUGAAAAAACAAAAUGUUGUUAUAUCAACUGAAAAUAAACUAUUAUUACAAAAUGGUUCAAACCUUGUUCCUUUAAAUAAUUCAAAUAAUGAAUUAUUUUCCUUCCCAUCAAGUGAAUUUCAUCAAUCUCAAAACUUGCCUAAAAAAGAGAAACUUGAUAAUGAUAAUAAUGGAAAAACAUUAACAAUAACUCAAGUUUGGGAAUAUUUAAACUCAAAAGAUGAUCCAAAUUUAGAAAUUGAUGAUAUAAUACAAGAAAUUAAAGGUUUAGAAGUUUGCCAUGAACAUGGACCAGGUUAUCCAAUAGAUGUUAUUGAUCGUAUAAUUUCAAAACAUAGGGGUUAA